AUGAGGUAUUGUGAGGGUGUGUCUUGCACAUUGGCUUGUUAACCCCCCAGGGACUAUGUGGAAGCGCCACUCCAAGGAAGAUCGUUGAUUAGGUAUUGUGAGGGUUCGACUCCAUCGUAAGAGCGCAAUGCGAACCGAAAUAGCUGGGAUGGAGUCGGAUUUGCAGCAUAAGAACCAGGCAUCCCGUAACAAACGGGAUGGGUUGAAAAUCUACCCACGAGAGACCAUAGAUAAGAAAGUAAAGGAAAGAACACAAGGCUGA